UGAAAUUAUAACUUCAUUUUAAUUUUACUUCCAUUUACCCCCUUAUGUCUUUAAUUUUUGGUCUUACUAAAAUAUGUUAAAGAACACUGUAGCAUUGCUUUUAGUCUUUGUUAUUUAAGAAUUAUUAUUGUAAUUGUAUUGAAAUUACAACACCGGUCAAAUUGUUGCUGAAAGAGUAACAAUCAAGAUCCUCAUUUUAACUACACUGACAGAUAUUUACUUUUGGACGGCAAGAAAUAUUCACCAUAUGGGACACGGUCUUAAAAAAAAAAAACUUUUUUAAAUUUUAUUCCCCACAUUCACCCUUCAUACUUGGAUGGAGAAAAAACACUCUUGCUGGAUCCCAUUGAUAGUCUAAUUAACAUAUUCAGUCAUAUUUGUGAAUUUAUGAAACCCUGCUCAAUAUAUUGAUCUUCAGACAUGUGGCAGCUCCUGAAAACUUGCUUGCAUGGACUAAAUAAAAAGCCAAAAAAUAACUUACAAUAGAGUUGAAUGACCUCUGACAGACCUGACAGAACAAAGAAAGAGCAUAAAGGUUUGUCGUGGUGGCGGCUGAGAUGUACUGACUUGUAUGUAUUGUAUUGUAGAUACAGUGUUCAUAUGAAACUGUUCACGGUCAACGGCUCCAUCUACUGGACAUGUUUGUGAACUGCACGAUCCGCACUAUGAUCAAUCAGUUUGUCUUCACAAAAUCAUGGUGUAACAUAGUGAUAGAUUCGUGGGCAAGUAAUGUAAGAAAAACAUAACAGAUCGCUUUCCGUAUAGCUCUACUUCCUUUUUCUUUUUUUAAUCGCUAUUUUUGUUGACUACAUUCAACCGGAUUUCAACCUACGAUUUCACUGCCAAGCAACCACCUUUGGCUUUUAGCGAUUAACGGUCUUUUUUUUUUUUUGAACAGUCACUUCAGGAUUGAAAAAACUCUUUCAGGUAGGUCGUGACUUUCUUUACCUUGAACAACAACGGCAAUUUUACAUUUCUGUUAAACGGAGAAAUUAAUUUUCAGCACAAAUUCAAAUUAGUUUUAAUUUUGGGCGGAUUUAAAAGUUUCCCCCGUUGGACCGUUGGAAUUGUUCUGACGGUUAUCUCCUUCAUGAAAUCGACCGGAAACCUCAGUGUAACGCUCGUCCUUCAGUGUGUGUCAAGAAAAACCUGGUUCAACCUGUAUUUCUACAGUAUUUCACACUGCCACAGAAGACUUGAGCAAGGGCAACACUCACCUCUCUCCUGCGGGAGUGUUGAAGGGAGGUCUCGGGUUCCUGUAGUGCGAUGGAGCAGCUUGAGGAGGACAGUGCAGUUCUCCAGCGCAGAGAAGGAGAAGAAGCGGAAGAGCAGCAGCCAUCUGAUCAGUCAGGUCAGGAUGGGACGGAGGACCAGGAGAGACACACCCAGGGCCCAGAGCAGGACAGUGGUGAAGAGUGCGACACUGAUCUGGAAACAGAGGAUGCCACAGACAAGAGACAGAGUUUGUCCUGUGCAGAGGUGUACCUGCAGGCCUGCCAGCGGAUAGGGACCGCUCCUAUUCCCUCCUUCCUCCGUCACUUGAGUGAAGCCAACCUCAACCUGAACCACUAUAGUGUGGGACCUUUGGGGGCCAAAGCUCUGGCCAUAGCUCUGCAAAUGAACAAAAACAUCACCAACCUUGAGCUGGAGGACUGCCUACUAAAAGCACAGGGGACACGCUAUCUGAUGGAGAUGCUUCAGACAAACAUCACCAUUCAAAGUCUGAAUCUUUCCAACAACCAGCUGCACCUUGAAGGAGCAGACAUCAUCUCCAAAAUGCUGUCGGACAACUAUUACAUCAAAUCCCUCAAACUCUCAGGAAAUUAUUUUGACGAUCCUGCUGCUAAAUACUUUGCAGAUGCUUUAAAGGGUGACUAUGUGAUCAAAGAACUGGACCUCAGUCACAACAAGUUUUAUGCCACAGGAGGAGAACACCUCGGUCAUAUGUUAGCCACAAAUGUCGGUAUUGAGGUCCUAAAUCUAAACUGGAAUUGCAUUCGCAUGAAUGGUGCGGUAGCUUUGUGCGCUGGGCUGAAGGUAAACUCGACUCUGAAGGAGUUGCAUCUGUUGGGGAACGGUUUCAGUCACAUUGAGGCAGAGUCACUGGGUCAAGCACUGAAACAAAACAGCACGCUGGAGCUGCUGGACCUCAGCUGUAACCGGAUACGUGAUGAGGAUGUGCCACUGCUUUGCCACGGUCUGGCCCUCAACGACACUCUCAGGGUCCUCAAGCUCUCCCAAAACCCUAUGACAGAAGUCGGAGCUCUGACGCUGCUCCAAACAGUUAAAAACUCAAAAUCAGCACUGGAGGGGAUCGAUAUUUCUACAGUGUUUGUGUGUGAGGCCUUUGUGGAGCUGCUGGAAGGGGCCCAUCAGAGGCGUCCGGCUAUGGAUGUCCGCUACAGGGUCGGGAGCUCUGUCAGCAGGAACUUAGCUGCCCUCAAGGUCUUUCAGAAAUUCUUCAAACAGCGAAAUGAGAGCAUCAUGGAUUUCUUCCAGGCUUUGGAUAAAGAGGGAACCAUGAAAGUCUCCACCGCUGCCUUCAGGAAGGCUGUAAAGGAAGCUAACAUACCUCUGGAUCAGCGACAGCUUAAUUGGUUGGUCAAGAAGUUUGACAAGAAGUGCACGGCCACCAUAAUCUACAGAUUGCUGAGCUGUCAUAGAUCCAGACGUACAGGAUCCAGGAUUUAAGAUAAUACGAGACCUCUUUGAAUAAUAGUUUAAGCAUGUUAUUUUGAUGUUCUUCUUCAUAUGCUAUAAAUAUUGCUUUACAAAACCACUAGCUGCUCCAUUUUUGUCAUACAACUCUCACAACAGCACAAUGUAAAAUUUUGCGAAAUAUAGCAGCAUUUAUAUGAAGGAGAAGCUGACAUCACAAACCCAGUGGUAUUGUGCACAACUGACAGGUGUACCCUAACAGCAGCUUCCUGUGACGUCAGCGACCCCCCCCCCCUUCUUCUCCCACUGUAGUUCUUACCUCAACCCAAUUCUGUCCAGUGUGAAUACUUGAACCUCUGACACCAACCAGCUGCACCCACCUCAGCACUGCCAGCUGUGUCUGCGGCUGGGCCACAGGGUCCUCUGCCUCAUUCUCCCCAUCCAAAAAUAAUCUUCUGGUAUGACAACAGAACAAGAGGAGGAAGAAAAAGAGAGCUGGCGUCCAUAUCAAAGGACCGAGAGGAGAGAAAGAAUAGGGCCAGAUGCAAGCUAGUUGUUUCGCCACAUCGGUUAGCUUUGAAUGAACUGGCCUGUAAAGGAAACAGCACAAUUAUGAAUAUGCAUGUGCAGCAUUACUUAUGCAAGCCCCGCGGAGUGGGAUUAUUAAGGGUGUGCUGAUGAAUUGUCUCAAGGUGUGAUAUCCAACAGAACAAUCUGUUUCAGUCAGGUGGCUCCAGUGGUAACCACAGAGGAGACAAUGACAUGACGCACCGUCUCACCUGCACACAUUCUGUGUAUCUUGUGAAAGCGGCUUAACACGAUGAUAUUAUGGGUCAUCAGGACAGGGAUAACCUUUUUAAACCAACAGCCCGUUUCAGUUAUAAGCAUUUAUUAAUUUUUAUUUUCAGUUCUUAGAGGACUUUAAUAUCACCACUGUGCAGUAUAUCUAAAGAGACGUAAUAAAGAAGUCUAAUCAGGUACAUGUGGAAUUUUUUGGUUUGUUCCAGAUGAAAGUUAAUCAUUACGCAGUGAUAACAGAUGCCCAGCUGUAAAAUAAAUUACAUACUUGAUAAAGUCCUUGUUCAUUGAUUCCACAGCAGUAACUACACCCUCUGGUGUAGGAGAUGUGUCACAGUCACUGUCAACAAAAGCAAGGCAAAUUUAUCCGUAUAGCACAUUAUCAUACACAGACGUCAUUCAGUGUGUUUAACAGAAAUAAAAGAAGCACAGAAAUAGAAGCAAAAAGCAUCAUAAAAACAGUAUAAAAACAGAAUAUUACAUAAAGUGAAAAAUUAAAGAUUAGAUGAAGGCAUUGGAGAAUAGAGCAGUUUUUAGCUUCUUUUUAAAGCCAGUUACAGUCUGGCCAGAUUUGAUCUCCAUUGGGAGCUGGUUCCAGCACUACCAAUCACUUGGUGCCUCUUUCAUUUCAUUAUUCUUUGUACAUGCAUGUGACUUAUAUCCAAGUCACAGGCUUCGACAGUGGAAUGUGGUUGUUGAAGGAAACGCCACCAGAUUCAAUUAAUGUGAAACCGAGUAUUCCCUUUAGCACUAAAGACUUGACAUGAAAAAUCCCACUUCCAUUCCAGCCUUAUGGCUUCACAGAUUUGAUUAUAUCCCUUUGAGCUGUAUCAGCUCAGUGACUGAUAAGAUAGUAGCACUAAUCAUUAGUAGAAUAUUUGCUGUGUGGCCCUGUGAAAGAUGUACAAGACUAAAUUCAGAUCCAUUCCAGUGUUUCAAUACUUCAGCACAAACAGUUAUUUAAACACUAAAAAAUGUAGCUUUGCCAAACUAUAAAGAUUUACCUUAUUUAAAAGUUACUGGUAUUUUUGAACAACUGUUUCUGUGGAAAUACACACAGAAGCUACAUUGUGUUCAUCAUCAGGUUUAGACUGAUUUGUCCAUUGUCAUAACCAUUAGUAAUAUAUGGAUGCAGAAACUACAACAGGAUUUUAGAAUAGGUUGCAUACAAGAGCUGUGCAUUUGACAAUAUGUGUGAAGAUGUUCAGCUACAUGAAGAGUACUUUUCAUGCUCUAAAACUUUAAAGGGUGUACUCAACUAUUUUAAAGUAAAAGUGUUUGAGGAUAAAAAAUAAAAAAUGGCACACUUUCCAAUUGGACAAAAAUAUAAUUCUUAACAUAAUGACAUUCAUAUAAUUAGCUUAUUUAAAAAGAGAAAAAAAAUAACUGAAUAAUUUAGGUAAAUUAUCUCUCUGAUGUGGCUUAAUGAAAACAAACAGCUAGCUGCCAAUGUCUAAUGGGCCAUCUUUCAUGUGAAUGGACACAAAGACUUAAAACCCACAUCUUAUUGAGCAGUCCAAUUGGAAAUUCACAGAUUUGGCCAAAUUUUGAAGACGAAACAAAAACCUGCCAACAAACCCUUCAGAUAUCUAUGCACCCACUGGCACACGCUGCCAAUUAACAUGAUCUCGAAAGCGCUAAUGGAAUCUUGAGCGGUAAUAAAAGUAAAUAAUUAAAUUAAAGGAACCCUUGUAUCAUUGUUUGCUGUGUUCAGGCCCAUUAGGACCUCCAGUAUUCUCAUGGUAAUCUAAUGUUUGGGUUUUUUGUCUUCUCAUAAUGAAUUCUGUGUUUUUCCUCCAAACACCGUUGCUCAGACAUUUGUGUAGGUGCUGGCAGAGAAACAAAGACGUACAUUAGGAGCCAUUGUGCCCUGUGAUUAUUAAAGUAAACAGAAAUACUGAAGGGGUAUCAUACACAGCUGCACACACUUGAGCCCGUGUUUGUGAAGUGGGAGAAAGGGCCAAGCAACCCUUAAGACUUUGUCAGAGAUAAUCCCAUUAUUUGGAGCUUCUCAAGAGCCGAGCGGUAGGCCGGCUAAUGAGGCUUUGAAGAUCAGUCUCUGGCGUAGAAUUCAUCUGCAGCAGAGAGUUUGGGAGCAAAAUAGAUUUGGCACGAGAUAAAAUGCUUCAGCCAACAUCGACCGUGAAGACGUUCCCUGCCUCAGCCUUGUGUUUUUAUUUUGCCGUCGUCAGAUUUCUAAAUUCUUUUCAAAAAGAAAUUCUGUUCUGAGCUUAGAUGAAAUGUGUAGUCAACAAUUUCUCAGGUGCAGUGUAUGCUUGGCAUUACAUGCAUCAUCAUAGGGCUGCAAAUAACAAUUAGUAAUCAGAUUAUCAAUUGAUUGAUCUAUGGAAUUUCAGAAAAUAGGUAAAAAUGCCCAUUGUAGUUUCCCAGAGGCAGAUGUGACAUCUCGUCUUGUUUUGCUCAAACAACAGUUGAAAAACCAAAGGGAUUCAAUUUACGAUUAUACAGAAACUAAGGCAGGAACAUUUUGGUACUUCUGCUUGAAACUUACCUUAAACAGUUAA